UUAUACAACUAAAUACUUGUACACGUGAACCGUAUCCCCAAAGUUUUUAAUUUAUUAAAUAUUAAUAAUGGAACCUCCCCCUUCACCUGGUUCCAGCAUCCUCGCCUCACCAUCCACCAAGAGAAGGAGGUUAGCAGCGGAUGGUUAUACAAUUCUACUAACGGGGAUCGCGAAAGCAGGAAAGACAACCAUUUCCAACAGAUUGACCCAACUGCUCAAAAGCCACGACAUUCCCGUCAAGCAAAUCGAUGGAAAGAUGUUUGCUGAUGGGUUAGCCAAACCAACCCCCCUCCGACCUUACUUUGUGCACCUAGCCAGCAAGUCCGCGAAAAUGUUUACCGAGGAGGGAUACAUUACAAUCAUCAGUAUCAUCGCCCCUUUGCUUAAAGAUCGAAAGGAGGCACGACAGAGUCAUGCUAAAGUCGGAAUGCGUUUUGUGGAAGUUUAUGUUGACCGUGACAAGGAGGAAAGCAGGAAGGAAACUGGGUUUGAUAGAAAUGUUGCUCACGCAGUGGAUGAUGAUUACCAACCACCCACCCCCACCCAACCUGCCGAUAUUGUAUUAAAUCGGAUUGGAGACAAUAUGGAACAACUGUUUGAUAGUUUGGUUAUGGAAUUGGUUCACCGUCAUGUCAUUCCCUCCUCUAUCCAAAACCCAUCAUCUCGUAUGAGCAUUCCACCAUCAUCCCCUUCAUCCACCAGGUCAACUAGUGGUUCGGAAGGAGGAGGUUUCAAAAAACCACGCAGAAAAGGAGUACUACUUUCCAUUUUUGAGCAAGUUUUGGUGGACAUGAGACGCAUUGGAUUAGUGGGGAAUUGGGACGGGGACACAGAUAAUCCCUUUUUCAUGCUACUGAUGGAUGAAUGGAUUCAACACUAUAAAUCCUAUGAAGGGGAUGCAAGAUUCUUCCCUGUUCUCAUCCCAUUCCCAAAACAGAUGACCACACCCACGACUACUCCUAAGGAAGGGGAAAAGGCGGUUGAGAAGAAAAUGCAGGAUGAUUUCAUCCCUGUUUAUUGGGACUCGUCUGACGGCACGAUCAGAUUUGGGAGAAUUCAGCCAAGAGGGACCCAUCCAAAUCAUGCUAAAUGUUGCCGAUGUUGGAACCAGGCUACGUCGACUGGUUGUCUCUGUGACACGCAUAGUACUACAAGGAUGACACAUUUUUCUGUACUACUAGAUAAAAGUACACAAAACCACUUUUACCAUGUAGCCGUGGCAUCCACUAGGGUAAAGAAGACUCUAUGGACUAAGGAGGUUGGACCGUUGGAAAAAAGUUUAACAUGACGUCGUUUUGUGCCUACAUCUCCUCCCACCCAAACUGCAAUUUCACCCCUAGUUAUGAAAAAUCUAUCCUCACGUCCUCAACUGACAGAGUAGUACUGUUUCAAACAACAAAGAUCUCUGUCGCGCUAAUCUGUCUUUUCCGGAAUAUUGAGCGUAUUGAACAUGGUGCCCCUGUCUUACCACCCACGUACACCUUUCUGCAGAGUGACAUUGACAUGGAUUCUGUGAAUUUAACUGUUUUAUUAAAAAUGUUGGAGGAGAAUGGGAUCACAUUCUCAUAUACUGACGAAGAUGACGAAAUUCCUCAGAAUUCUCCAGUCUAGCAUCUAAAUUCUUGCAUAAUUAU